GUCUCAGUUGGGGGGCGGGACCGGGCGGCGCUGUGGUGCGCAGGCGCAGCCAUCGGUGGGUCCCGGGUUCGGCUGUGUGAGGUCCUGAAGCUCCCAGGCGUGUGUUCUCCCACCUCACGAUGGACAACAAGAAGCGUCUGGCCUACGCCAUCAUCCGCUUCCUGCACGACCAGCUCCGGCAUGGGGAGCUCUCUUCUGAUGCCCAGGAAAGCCUGGAAGUUGCCAUCCAGUGCCUGGAGACCGCUUUCGGGGUGACGGUGGAGGACAGCGACCUUGCGCUCCCCCAGACUCUUCCGGAAAUAUUUGAAGCAGCUGCCGCAGGCAAGGAGCUGCCGCCAGAUCUGAGGAGCCCCCAGGAAACCCCGCCCUCAGAGGAGGACUCAGCUGAGGCAGAACGCCUCAAAACUGAAGGAAAUGAGCAGAUGAAAGUAGAGAACUUUGAGGCCGCUGUGCACUUCUAUGGGAAAGCCAUCGAGCUGAACCCUGCCAAUGCCGUCUACUUCUGUAACAGAGCUGCAGCCUACAGCAAACUGGGGAACUACGCAGGGGCAGUGCAGGACUGCGAGCGGGCCAUCUGCAUAGACCCGUCGUACAGCAAGGCCUAUGGCAGGAUGGGCCUGGCGCUGUCCAGCCUGAACAAGCACACGGAGGCUGUGGCCUACUACAGAAAGGCCCUAGAGCUGGAUCCUGACAAUGAGACCUACAAGUCCAACCUCAAGGUGGCUGAGCUGCGGCUGAGAGAGGCACCCAGUCCUACGGGAGGUGUUGGCAGCUUUGAUAUUGCAGGCCUGCUGAACAACCCGAGCUUCAUGAGCAUGGCAUCAAACCUGAUGAACAGUCCCCAGGUUCAGCAGCUCAUGUCCGGCAUGAUUUCAGGCGGCCACAACCCCCUGGGGACUCCCGGCACCAGCCCCUCGCAGAAUGACCUGGCCAGUCUCAUCCAGGCGGGCCAGCAGUUCGCUCAGCAGAUGCAGCAACAGAACCCAGAGUUGAUAGAGCAGCUCCGCAGUCAGAUCAGGAGUCGGACUCCCAGUGCCAGCAAUGAUGACCAACAGGAGUGACCGCCCCCCUGCCCAGCGCCAUCGGGUCCUUCCCGGCCUACAGGAAGCCUUCUUGACCUUUUCCGUCUCCUCCCAUUGGAUCGCCCACGAGAGAAAAAGAACUUGGACCUGCAUGUUAAGCCGGAUUUUUAUGAUGUUUACUUUUACUUCCUCCCCUCCCUCCCUUUUUAUACUCUCUCACGGCCCCCAGAUCCUUCUUGAAACAGAGCCAGCAAGCUGUGAGUGCAGACCAGCACCCGUCUCCCUCCUGGCCCCCUGCCCUGAAGACCUGGUCACUAAAGUAUUUUCUAGAACAUUCUGAGGUGGGGGUGGUCUUCUCACCGCUCUCCGAGAAGUGGCCUGUGGGAUGCCGUGGCCCCGAAGCCCCUUCUUCAGCCCCCGCCUGCCUUCCCAGUCUGUCUGCAGGGCCUCCCAGCCCCCAAGAAGCCGCUUUCUGAGUUGACCGUGGCCUCCCUGGCCACCCCUGCUCAAGCGAGCUCACUGCCAGCCAGCCCGGCCCAGCAGACCUGGGUUCUCAGACGAGGAACUCCAGUUGCAAGUGCCCCAGAGGCAGUUUCUGCACCCAGCGGGGGCCGAAGCAGACGUCUUGGGUGCACACAACCCAUUUCUGGGACUUAAAUUCCAGUCCAGUGCUCGGAUGGACUCUGGUCUGAUCGCCAUGCUUUUCCCAGUGCUUACAAUUGGCAGACUGUGAGGGGCCUUCUCAUGACCUUUGAGCUGGCUCCUGAGCCUGUCGCAGCCUGGCUGUGUAUCCCAGCCACUGCCCUCUGUCCACAGGUGGUGGUCCUGCUGGCCUGGCUUGCCUGCAUCCUCAGCGGGCUCUCCUCCUGCUUGGGGGUUGGGGCUACGGGGGUCCCUGAUGGCCACCUGCCUGGGCCUGAGAUCACCGGGCAGCCGCCGUGGAUGUCCCUGCAGCCCAGGGCAGGGUGGAGAGGGUCCCUGGCACCGCAGCUCGGGCCACAGUGUUGGCGAUGGGAUCGCUGGAGGCUCCCUGAUGGUGUCGGGUCAUGUGGGAGGUGACACCGUACCAGUACCGUGUGUGUAGGUAACUCGUAGAGAGACAGCCCCACACACAUCCCACGAGGCGUCCUAACUCAUGAGUGCUACCAUGAUGACGAGAUAACGUGUGGGGAAUAAAUAGACAUUGUGACUUCU